AUGGCAACCGAACCAAGCCCUCCACCAAAGGACGAGCAGAUCUCCGCGGCCGAAUCCCCGCAGCGCGAGAAACUCUUUGGACGAAAGUUCUAUGAGAGUAUUGGCAGCCCUAAAUAUGUCGUUGCGCCAAUGGUCGACCGGUCUGAAUUCGCGUGGCGCAUGCUUACUCGAUCCUUCAUGCCCCCGAAUGACCCGAAGCCCAUGCUAGCAUACACGCCCAUGUUCCAUGCUCGCCGUCGGGGGAAGAACGACGAUCUGUAUCUCGAUGGAAAUCCCGCAAUGGACCGUCCUCUCUUCGUGCAGUUCUGCACAAACAACCCGGAUGAAUACCUUGAAGCAGCCCGCCAUGUGGCUCCCUAUUGUGACGCGGUGGACUUGAACCUCGGCUGUCCGCAGGGGAUUGCGAAAAAGGGCCACUACGGAGCUUUCUUGCAGGAAGACUGGGAUUUGAUCUACAAGCUUGUCAAUAAGUUACACACCGAACUGCCAAUUCCCGUCACGGUCAAAUUCCGCAUUCAAGAGACCAAGGAAAAGACGUUGGAAUACGCCAAAAUGAUCCUCUCGGCCGGCGCCAGCAUCAUUACGGUACACGGACGCAGACGUGAACAAAAAGGACAUAACACAGGAGUCGCAGAUUGGACCUAUAUACGCUACCUGCGAGACAACCUUCCUUCGGACACUGUGAUCUUUGCCAAUGGCAACAUUCUCAACUAUGACGACAUCGAGACCUGUCUCGAGGCCACCGGCGCCGAUGGUGUGAUGAGCGCAGAAGGCAAUUUAUCAGACCCAACGAUUUUCAGCAAGCCACCUGCACCGGGAACUGAGACCAGAGACUUCUGGCGAGGUCGGGAUGGCAAGGGUGGCUACCGAAUCGAUGCAAUCGUGCGUCGAUACCUCGAUAUUAUCUAUAAAUACGUUCUCGAGCAGCCUGUCCCAGAGAGGAAGCCCUUAUACCUCCCAUCCGAUCCAGUGGACGAAUUUGCGGAAACAAACGAUACCGAGGAGAAUGAUCACGCAGACGGCCCGAUCAAGAAGAAGCAAAAACGAGGCAAAGCGGAGAAGACCAAGAAAAACGCUUCCCCUAAUCUUAGUUACAUGCAGGGUCACCUUUUCCAAGUCCUGCGGCCCAUGGUCGCAACCCACACCGACGUUCGCGAUGCGCUUGCGAAGUCACGACCAAAUGACAUUGCCACAUUUGAGCACAUGUUGACCAUGCUUGAGCAGGCCAUCAAAGGCGGACUUAAGGAAUAUGAGGCCUCCCCCGAAAAGUUUGAGAGCAAGCCGGAUGAGACCUUGAAGGGUUCGAAGGCGGUCAUUGCAGAAUACGGACGGCCUUGGUGGAUUUGCCAGCCCUAUGUCCGUCCUCUGCCCGAGGAGGCCUUUGAACUUGGCGCAAUGCGGGAGAAGGGCACCAAGCCUUCAGGAAAGAGCGAAAAAGAGGUCCCCGAGAACAACACCACGCCGUCCUUGAGCACGGCAGCUAGCCCUACUACACCCCCGACCGACCCUCUUGUAAGUGGAUAA